AUGAUUUAGAAAGCUAUAAAGAUAUUAGUAAAUAAGUAGAUAUAAUGCUUUAGCUAUUCCAAGCAGUCUUCUUUCGCAAGAAUGUCUGCUUUCAGAAAUGAUUUUGAUGAAAAGAUUAAACAAAAGUAUAUCAAAAACAAAACUAAUGAUGAAAGAUUUUAAUAAAUGAAUCCAGAAUAUAUCAAGAAAGCAAUUAACGAAGAAUAUGAAGAAGCUAAAGAAGAAUUAUUUUAAAAUGGUGGUAUCUUGACAGAGUUACGUAAAAGUAUGCUUGGUAAGGAAGAAGAUGAAAAGGAAACUUUAGGUGCUGAAGAAUUUGAAGAUCCUGUUGAUAACUAUCUUCAUGAUGGUUUAACUCAUGAUGAAUUCUUAUAUCGUGCUUCUAAUAUAAAGAAAUAACUAUUCGCUAAGCAAAUCCCUGAUUUCUUUGAAAAAGAUGAAAUUAACUCAUAAUAUGGUAAUUACAGCUCUUUUGAUAAAAACUUUGCAAAAUUAAAAUCAAUGAAAACUCACUUACCUGAUAUUGAGCAAUCUGGAUUUGCUGGUUAUAAGCUUGAAAAAUGGGUUAACUCCUUAAAAGGUAAAAAGGAAAUUGAUGAUGAUGAGGAUCUUGACGAAGUUAGAGAAAUUAUUGAAGAAAAUGAAAUUAAUAUUACUGAAGAUGAAAAGCAUUUACUUAAGUGGAAGAUUGCUGAUAUUAUGAGAAAGGAAAAUGACGAAUAUGUACCUUUCCUUGAAGAAUUGGAAGGUGAAAAUGAAAAGGAUCCUUUUGAAGAAGAUGACACUGAAGAUGGACGUCUUUCUUGCAAAGCUAGAGAUGAUAUUUAUGAAUUGUAUUAAAAAGGCUGGAGUAUUAAAGAUAUUUGCACUAGAUACGGUAUUGUCCCUGAAAGAGCUAAAGCUGUUAUUUGGAUGUGCGAAAAAUACUACUUUUAGAUUUUACCCAAGGCUGAUGCUCUUGCUAUUCACAUGGCUUAAGAAAUGGAAGAGGAAUGGGAAGAAGAAAAUGGAUGGUAAGAUUAUGGUAUUGAUUUGGAAGAAUUAGCUGAAAGAGAAAAAGGUAUGCAUACUCUCAGCUUUAAAAGAUAUAGAGAAGUUGAUGUAGGUAAACCUUCAAAGAAUAUAUUGAGCGAAGAAGAUUAUACCUUAGUUUAAAAGAUAAAUACUCCUAGAUAAGAGAAGAUUACUCUUAAGCUAGACGGUGGAAAAUACCAACGUGGCUAUCUUAUUAAAGACUGGAAGAUUAAUAAAGGCAGAGGCCGUAGAGAUGUUAGUAAGAUGUUUAGAAGAAUUAUUGAAAACUCUCACGAUAUUAGCAAACUCCCAUCUAGCGUUUAGUUAAGAGUUAGAGAAGGUCCUAGAAACGCUUCCAAGGGCUACAGUAGCAAGUUGUGA